UCAGCAAGCCUCCCCGGCUCAUUAAAUUGAAAUAUAAUAUCAUAAAACAAUUUUACAGAAUCAGGAGGGAGUAGCACCGAAAAUAGAUUUCCAAGAUGGGACUACAAGACGUGUAAAAUUGAAACUCGAUCAACAACUAUGGAUGAUUUUGAGAGAAAGGAAUUGAAAAAAAUUUUGGAUCUUUUGACUCUUGAUAGUUUAACAUCUCUUACCGACACUGUAACUGGUCGAGUAGUUACAGCGGAAAAUAAAGAAGAAGCCAUCAAAGCUAUAAUACUUUUCACACGAAACAGCGAGGAAUUGUUGCGUAGAAGAAAAGUGAGACGUGAGAAUCUCUAAUACCUGGCCAUGGAAGGUCAUGUUGAGCAUCCUGCUGCAGAAAAAAGCACAAUACUGAAAAAAAUCUUGAAACUGUGGGAACUAAGGAGACAAGGGAAAGAUUUGAAAGAUGUUGGUGAUACUGGAUUCUCUUUGCCACAGCCACUUGAAAAGACGGACAGCCCAGAAGUAGGAAUUAACAGCAAUAAACCCACAUUAACCAAUGAUACACAAACGAACAAAAAAACAGCAAGAGACCAGGGACAAGAGCUGGCCAUCCAAUUUGCCACAUGGUUCUAUAAGCUGCUUGAAACAUUAGUUCUCCCCGCCACAGAUUGGGGCCCACAGCACUUUUGGAAUGAUGUCAAAUUAACAAUACAAUACAGUGAACAAAAUCAGUCACAAGAAUUGACAAUUGAAGGCUCUCAACUUGUGAGUGACAAGUUACAGUCAAUGAUUAUUGUAGAUCAGCUUUACUUCAAUCCGAACAUUUCUGAUGAUAGUGUCAAGAGUAGACAGGAUCCCCAUGGACUUGUGGUAGUCAUCGUGUGUGGAACAGUGCAUAGAAAACAAAAUUACUUAGGGAUCUUUGAACAAUCUUUUGGACUCAUUCGAGAUCCCACUCAGGAAAAUAACUGGAAGAUUAAGUUCUCAAAAUUAUUGCUCAAAGCUUCUUUAACAAAAGGACAUUUAGAAACUGCGGAAUCAAGACAUAAUGAACUUGAAUCACCUCCAUAAAAUAUUAUUAAUAUGCAUUUGUGUAAUAUGCAAGAGAAAACAACUAAAUCUGAUCCUUUUAAAAUUCAAAUAAUUUUUUGAUACUUUGUGUUCAUUAAAUUGAGUUGAUAAAA